UUCAAGAGAUGGUUGUAAAGAUCACACUAGUGACUGAAGAGCGUCAGGCAGUGCCUGGCACAAGACAAAUGCUCAAUAAAAGGCUGCUGCUGUCAUUCGUGUCGACACCAGCCCUGUGCUCCUUACCUGGAGCUGACCCAGCGCUCACACCCAGGAUCAGAAAGGGAGGGCUGGGCUGAUGAGCUGGGAGGGGGGGUGUGCCCUUCUCCUGCCCCCAGCUCCUUUCUGGACCCCUGCCCCAGCCCCUCUGCAGUCCUGGCCCUUUUUCGGUCCCUGAUUGGGUCCGCCCCUUUUCCACCGCGGCCCGCCUGAGGCCAGGAUGUGUUCCCAGGCCGGCGGAUUCUGGAGCAGGGCCCGGCCACUCCCCGGAGUCUGUAUGCCGAGAACCGCCCCGCGCCCUCUCCCCUACGCGGGGUAGGCCGGCCCUGGGGCGCCUUAAAAACCAGAGCUGGCGCUCGGCAUCGCGACUCUGGGCAGGAUCCAACGUCGCUCCAGCUGCUCUUGACGACUCCGCAGAUCCCCCGAAGCCAUGGCCAGCAAAGGGUUGCAGGACCUGAAGCAACAGGUGGAAGGGACCGCCCAGGAAGCGGUGUCAGCGGCCGGAGCAGCAGCUCAGCAAGUGGUGGACCAGGCCACAGAGGCGGGGCAGAAAGCCAUGGACCAGCUGGCCAAGACCACCCAGGAAACCAUCGACAAGACUGCUAACCAGGCCUCUGAGACCUUCUCUGGGAUCGGGAAAAAAUUUGGCCUCCUGAAAUGACAGCAGGGAGACUCCGGUGACCCCCCUCGAGGUGCCAUCCAACAGAGCCUGGCCCUGAGCUCCAGGCGGCCGCCACCUCCUCGGUCUGCCCCCUCAUUAAAAUUCACGUUCCCA